AAUCAUUUGUACCACUAUAAACUUCCUAUUUUCUUCAUCAUGGCUAUCAAAGACGUGAUUUUUCUUGUAGCGGUUAUAUGCAUUGUGGUUUCGGUAAAUGCUCAAAUACUACUACCACACUAUCGUUUCCCAUUCCUAUUUCCAUUCCUACCGAAUCCUAGUAUGCCAGGAUUACCUGAUAUAACAAAAUGUUGGUCAACGUUGAUGGAUAUUCCUGGAUGCAUUGCUGAGAUUUCUCAAUCUAUAAUCACUAGAAAGUUUGGUAACAUAGGACCAGCUUGCUGCAAAGCAUUUUUGGAAAUCGAAACCAAUUGCAUCCCGAAAGUUCCGGUUAAUUCAUUUUUCCCUCGUAUGUUGAAGGAACAAUGCUCAAGAAUUGUUGGAGCAGUUCCUCCUACCACAAAUUAG